AAACGUAUGACACUGUGCCCACGUCUUACGUCAACUCAAAAUCGAAGAGGAUUUCUCCAGGCGUACACUCCUUAUUUUCUGUAUCCCAACUAGCGUUUUUGUACAUACGCUUAUUCAAAAAUGUUGUAUUUAAAACAACAGUUUCUCGCCACCGCCAAUGACAUUUCUUAAGGGUUAUUAUGCGUGGGGAUGAAAACAAGCGUUUCUGCCAACUAAGCUAACGUAACUGCAGCCGUUAGCAGAACUAUUCCUACUCUUCGGUCGAGCUAGCUGUGGAUUAGCACUUUAGCCUAGCUCGCUAACCAGGCACAUCCGAGAAAGCUCGCAGCUAUAUGGUACUUUGUGUCGGCCUAUCAUAAAAUCCCAGGGCACAGAUGACGUGAAGUAACACAGCUCCUCCGUCGUGAGCCAUUACCUGCUACAGCCAACACACAGUGACCAUCGAGACAUCUUUAAAAAAAAAAAAAAAAAUAGAAAAAGAAAAAUCCCAGACAUCAUUCGCAUCUGCAGCUCCUCCAGCACCUGAACCAUGUGAGGGGGCCCCCUCGGUCCAACCUGAGGGGAACCCUGGACUGUUUAAACGACGACUCCCCCGACCCCCGCUGUGCGGGGAAGGACUCGUCCCGUCUUAAACUUAACAAACCCCCUCAGAUCCCCGCCCGCGCACUCCCACUCUCCCUACGCCAUGAUGUUCCGGGAUCAGGUAAGUAUUCUCACAGAUUGGUUCAAAGGCUGGAAUGAGUGCGAACAGACGGUGGCGCUCUUGUCGCUCCUGAAGAGGGCAUCCCGCACGCAGGCUCGCUUUCUCCACAUCUGCCUGGAACACUGGCUGGCAGACUGCACUGAGAUUCACAUCCUUGAAGCUGAGGCCAACAAUGCAGCAACCGUCAAUCAGUGGCAUCAGGAGCCGAAAGAAAAGGUGGUGUCCCUGCUGCUGUCCCACUUGCCUCUGCUUCAACCACGUAAUUGCGAGGCCAAAUGUGAAUACAUGAAGCUGCUGCAGACAGUGUUGACUCACACCAUUGAGAGUAGCCUUUUCGUGGAGGAAAGCCGGCAGCUGCUGUCCUAUGCACUCAUCCACCCCGCCACCACCAUGGAGGAUCGUACCUCGCUCGCCUCGUGGCUAAACCACCUGGAGGAGCACCUUUCCAGCGGCUACGCAUCCAGGGCGCCAUCCAGUCCUUACCACCCGCGCCAGGGCUCGGACGAAUGGCCCGGCUCGGCCGAGGCCCUCGACCCUGGCAACGCGUGGCCAGACAAGUCCCCGUCGUCCAGCACAUCUCCCGCGGGUCAGAACGGACACAUGCCAUUCCCAGGCGGGCUGUCCUCGCCAAACAGUGGGAACGGAAAUAACACAGGUCUAGUCGGACACAUGCAGCCAAGCCCUCAGAAGAAGCCCAUGCAGGUCAUCCCUUCCAACUCCCAGGCCUGUGGCUCAGAGUGGGGCAGCCAGGACGACGCGGGGGGGCGACAGAACUUCAUCUCCACAGACCACGCACCACUUUCACCUCAGAGCAGCAUAGCGUCUUCAGGCAGCGAGCAGACAGAAGAGCAGGGCUCCGCACGCAACACUUUCCUGGAGGACGGCAGCGGCAUGAAAGAUGUUCCUGCAUGGUUGAAGAGCCUUCGCCUUCAUAAAUAUGCAUCCCUAUUCUCACAGAUGACCUACGAGGAGAUGAUGAUCCUUACGGAGCAACAUCUAGAAUCUCAGAACGUCACGAAAGGAGCGCGACACAAGAUUGCAUUGAGUAUCCAGAAGCUGCGAGAGAGACAGAGUAUACUCAAGUCUUUAGAGAAGGAUAUUUUGGAAGGAGGAAACCUGCGCAACGCCCUCCAGGAGCUUCAGCAGAUAAUCAUCACACCAAUUAAGGCCUACAGUCCACCCAGCGCAGCACAACCCGUCUCGGACACCUCCACUUCCUCAACAGACGACUUGCAGUCGGUCACACCCAUCUCAGAUGGAGACAUAGCGGGACAGUUCACUCGUGUAAUGGGAAAAGUGUGCACCCAGCUGCUGGUUUCAAGGCCAGAUGAAGAAAACAUCAGCUGUUACCUUCAACUUAUUGAGAAGUGCCUAGCACACGAGGCUUUCUCAGAAACUCACAAGAAAAGGCUGGUCACCUGGAAGCAGCAGGCCUCCUGCUUUUUUUAAGCGAUGACAUUAGUACCGACAGAAAGGCCUCCUUUACUGUGCUGUUUCAGCUGGAACUAUGGGUCAAACUCCCUGCCCACAGCAGGCUCUGUGAGUGGGGGUGUAAGCCGACGGGGCCAGAGGCAGUUCCCAAUGACCCCUCGUGGCCUCCCAGCUGGGCGCAUGUGUCUUCCUGGCGGGAUCGGUGGAGCAUCUCCACGCCACACACUCGCUAAUCCUGCGUUGGCAGGACAGGGUAGACAAAACCUGUGGUUUGCCAAUCCUGGGGGCAGCAACAGCAUGCCAAGUCAGAGUCGCAGCUCUGUGCAGCGGACCCACUCGCUUCCUGUCCACACAUCUCCACAAACCAUGCUCAUGUUCCAGCAGCAAGAAUGCCAAGUUCCAGGUUCUGACCUGGAGAUCAACCCCACGCUGGAGUCACUGUGCCUCAGUAUGACGGAGCAUGCCUUAGGGGAUGGAACUGAUCGGACAUCAACAAUAUGAAGAGGAAUUUAAAAAAAAAAAGACACUUCAUUUGAGGCCUGCUCGGUUCAGCACAAAGACAGAUGUGAUGCUUCAAAAAAGAAAACAAAAAAAAAACAAAAACACGCAACGCAGUCACUACAAUAUGACAAAAAAACUGUGUAUAUGUUCUUUAAUAUUUUUGUACUUUAUUAUAUACAACUAAGUUUAUUAAAAAUGGAAUACAGAUGAUUAUUAUAUUGUGGAACAGAGAAACGGUGAACUGUGUCGGCUGUGCCAUGUCACCUGCAGCAGGACUGUGACAUGGUCGUGCAGCGGUUCAGUUUACCACGAUACGGAGGAAAGAAAAGAAAAGAAAAGAAGCAGUGGAUUGGUGCUGUCUUUAGGGGUUCUGCCCUGAAUUUGCUCUUCUUCUCUUACUGCCUUGGAACAAGGUUUUCUAUCCACAAUACACUGACAGCCCCUUCACCCAUGUUCUAGAUUUAAAAAAAAAAAAAAAAGUUUCCAGCCACAAGUGAGGCACUUUUAUUAACUUAUCUUUGAUAUUAGGGACUAACUAUAAUUGGUCAUCAUGGUACACUCUCUGAGGUUUCACCUGGAGAUUGGUGUUAACCUACUAAUCCCAUAGGCAGCUCUAGUCAGGGCUUUAAAAUUAGGCUGUUUUUGUUUUUUUUCUUGAUGUCCUCGUUGGGGAUUUCGUUGCACAAACGGAAACCAGAGGACCAAACAGGAGUGAGUAAUAGUUUAUAUUUCAAAUUUAGGACAUCUCUUUUUGUUUCACUUUAAGAUAUAAAGUUAAAAAAAAAAAAAAACAAAAAAAAAAAACAAAGCAACUGUCCUCCUCUAAGCUUCUACAAAGCCAAAGACAAGGGUUGUGCGUUUGUUAAUUUGUGAAAGAUAUUUGUAGCGAGUUGCAGCAGAACAAUUAAACAAAAAAUAUAGUGUGAAAAAUUAUUGCCAGCUGCAACUUGCCUUUUAUUUUAACGUCCUACGUCAUAAAUGAUGAUGAAUCUCAUUUUGUGCCAGGGAAACCCCGAAAAGGGGUGAGAGGGCGGCUUAGUAAGAGAUGCCUAGGUUUAUACCGUGUAGGAGCUUGUUGGAUAUUGAACUGAUAAAAGUGAAGAGGCCGGAGCGUUUUCAAUUUACAAUCCAGUGAACGCUAAAUGAAAAAGAUCUCGGUUCUCUUGUGGAGCAAAGGGGAACUUUGCGAUUGUCUUCUGGAAAAUGUUUUAAGAAACGCUCGCAGCGCCCUCGUCCUUUAAAAACGGCCAACGUGAUGAUUUGAUGAAUCAAUUUUUUUUUCUUUUUCUUUUUUGAGGUGCUUGACGAUGUCCAUGUUUUGUUUUUUCCUGUUUGUCUGUGUUUCAAGUCUCAGAGCUCCCUACGUUAACUGUUAUCAGUGUUGAAUCAAAAACUUGUCUUUUUUUUUUUUCUUUUUUUUUUCCUCUCCCAGCCUCUGUCUUUGAAUGUGACAGAGCCGGAGGUGCAUGUUUGUGUGAUAAUGGACUUUUUGGAUCACUUUUUGGUUGCUUCAUAAGGCAGGGAAUAGAGAGAGAGAGAGAGAAAAAACCCAUUCGUAUAUUAUUUCAACAGAGCCAUAGGAGGUCUGUCUAGUAAAGAUGGUUAUUUACAGAUA